GUGGUGCAGAAUAAGUAAUUAAAAUCUUCCAGAAGUCUUCUAUUAAAUCCUUUUUUUGGUAGAAAGAGGACAUCCAACUGCUGCAAGUGAUCUGGGCGACCAUAUCUUACAGGCGUGGCCUUGCAAGAAGAUCCUGGAACUGCUCUGUGUUCAUAUGUAAACUUGAAGAUGGGUAAUUCCCGCCUUACACUCAUUCACAAGAAGGAGGACGCGCACGACGAUGCCAUCUGGUGUUCGACAUGGGUGCCCAACAGCAGCGCUCUGAUAUCUGGAUCGGUGGAUGAGAGUGUCAAAAUAUGGACUAUCUUAGAUGAACAACAGCCGGAGGUGAUGGAGGAGUCUCACACAUACGUGGGGCAUACUCUGGGAGUGGUGUCUGUGGCGAUUGAUGUCACGGGCACAUACGCUGCCUCAAGCGCUCUGGAUAGCUUCAUUCGCAUUUGGAACCUCCAGGACAACAGCACAAAGGCGGUCAUUGAGACUCCGCCGUCAGAGACCUGGCAGAUAAAAUUCCACCCUGCUAGCGACACGCUCAUCGUCGCUGCAGCCGGGGGCAGCAGCAGUAAGGUGGCACUGUGGAGUGCUGAGGAUGCAGAGCCCAAGGGUCACUUGGGCAUCCCAGUGGCGGAUGAGAAGUUCAAGAAGGACAAGUUUGUUCUGAGCGUGGCGUUCAGCCCCGACGGGAGGAGACUGGCAUGCGGUGUCAUGGAUGGCACCAUCGCUGUCUUUGAUGUCCCGGCCGGGAAACUCCUCAACACUCUCACAGGGCAUCACAAGCCUGUACGAGACGUAUGCUUCACACCAGAUUCUCAGAUGCUUCUGACAGCUUGCGAUGACAUGCACACUCACCUGUACGAUGUGGAAAAUGCUGCACUCAUAGAAGCCUUCUCAGGGCAUGAGUCCUGGGUGCUCAGCGUGGAUUGCCAUCCCUCCGGCACUGCCUUUGCUACUGGUUCCAGCGAUGCCAAAGUGAAGCUAUGGGAUCUACAAACGCGCACAUGCUCCCAAACCGUGACAGAGCAUUCCGAUCAGGUGUGGAGCGUCGCCUGGCAGCAGGAUGGGAGGAGGCUUGCAUCAGCAUCAGAUGAUAAAAGCAUUGGCUUCUACAACUAUAUUUAGGAGGUAGCUCAUCAGAUGGACAGUCUUGCAAUGAGGACUCCACAGAAAGAGAACAAUCUGUUGCGACUGGGCUUCGGAGUGUUUGGGCAGUGGCGCAGACACUAAAUUGGACUGCUUCAAAGAGGGCCAUGAAAUGAGAGGUCUUAGUUCAAUUUGAUCCUGCCCUCCAACAUCGAGAACAGCAUAGAAAUGUUGAAGUGGUUGGAGAUAAUCCUUAGCUAAGAGGCUAUGGUAUCUGAGUCAAGUAAUUGACACGGCCAAUUGCAUCCUGGACAUGUACAUCUCCACAGCUCAGGAUUGGUAUUGAUUCUGCAGAUGCAGAUGCAGUGGUUUCCAGAUGAUUUACCAUGUGGAAUUUCAAGGAUUGCACAUACUUCACCUAAACAAUGUGGCAUCUGUGCUAAUUAUGAUUUCCG